AACAACUCAGACUCUCCCAAAUUGCCAAAACCUUGCCAACUCAACCACUCUUCAAGUUGACAGUCAACCUUCUACCGUGAUGGCGAGCCCUUCAAGACCACGCCAGAGAAUAAAGGUCGCCGCUGCUUCACCCGCUGGCAACUACGACCAGGAUGAUGAUGACCACGUCCACGCCAUAUACCAAAAUCCCGUAUGUUCCUCCAUGUUGCAGACUUCAAUGUCCAAUGCUUUAUUGUCAUACAGAACUCCCGUAGUGCAUUUGAACGGGUUUUAGAUACGCCACAAGCAAGUGCUGCGAUGGUGGGCGUGCUGACAGCAAUAGCAUUUGCGCUUCGUUUCUACAAAAUAAAUCAACCAGAUCAGGUUGUCUUUGAUGAGGUGCACUUUGGGAAGUUCGCUUCCUUUUAUCUCACUCGCGAGUACUACUUCGACGUGCACCCCCCUUUCGCGAAACUGUUAUUCGGACUUGCUGGCUGGUUUGUCGGGUUCGACGGCCACUUUACAUUCGAGAACAUCGGGGACAACUACACUGACAAUCAUGUACCAUAUGUCGGCAUGCGUGCUUUGCCCGCGAUUUUUGGAAGUCUUACGAUCCCUGUGGUGUACGCAAUUAUGAAGGAAUCUGGCUACUCUACUAUCAUCGCUGCCUUUUCCGCUUGUAUCAUUCUCUUUGACAACGCGCACAUUGCACAGUCACGGUUGAUCCUCCUGGACGCGACAUUAAUCUUCUUCAUGUCACUUACAAUCUAUUCAUACAUUCGAUUCCGCAAACUCCGAUACUGGGAAUUCACGGUUGAAUGGUGGAGCUGGUUGAUCGCUACUGGCUUCUUCAUGGCUUGUACCUGGGGUUCAAAAGUAAACGGUAUCCUGACUGUAGCCACUAUUGGCAUGGCUGUUUGCGUUGACCUGUGGGACAUCUUGGACCAUAAGAAAGGCUUUACAAUGGAACAUUUCUGGAAGCACUUCAUGGCAAGAGCAAUAGGCCUCAUCGUCGUCCCAUUUAUAAUCUACCUGUCCUUCUUCUACGUGCACUUUGCCGUUCUCACGCGUUCUGGAACUGGUGACUCUUUUAUGAGCCCUGCAUUUCAGGAGACACUUAUCGGUAAUGAACUGUUGAUGAAUAGCCAAGAGCUUCGUUACUAUGACGUUGUCACUAUGAAACACAAGGACACGAAAGUUUACUUGCACUCGCAUCCCGAUCGCUACCCUUUGCAGUACGACGAUGGUCGCAUCAGUAGUCAAGGACAGCAGGUCACCGGCUAUGGACAUGAUGAUGUCAACAACCACUGGCAGAUCAUCCCCACAAAAGCGCUUCCUGAGGCUGGCCGCGGUCGCAUUGUCCACCACGAAGAUGUCAUUCAACUUUUGCACGUCAACACACAGACACUCUUACUUACUCACGACGUCGCUUCCUCACUUAUGCCAACAAAUCAAGAAUUCACCACAUGGCCCAAGGACGACCACUCACGACACAAUGAUACUCUGUUCUACUUGAAUAUCAUCGACGGCGACUCUGAGGAUCCAUGGAAGAGUAAAUCAAGCCACUUCAGACUUGUGCAUGGUACCACCAGGGUGUCCAUGUGGACUCAUUCUAAACAAUUGCCAGAAUGGGCUUUCAAGCAACAGGAGAUCAACGGUAACAAGAACCCCACGGAGAAGAGUGCUACUUGGUUUGUUGACCAGGUGAUCUCGACUGAAAGUCCCGAAGGUCUCGCUGUCGAUGAAGUCCGCAAGGAACCCAAGAAAAUUAGCUUCUUCAAGAAGUUCGCUGAGCUGCAGUUGUUGAUGCUCCAGCACAAUGCGGGACUCACUUCUUCACACCCCUAUGCCAGCGGUCCAAUCAACUGGCCUUUCCUCAUCAGCGGGAUCAGUUUCUGGACAGAAAACGAUGCUCAAAAACAGAUCUAUCUUAUUGGCAACAUCGUUGGCUGGUGGACAUGCGUCAUUGCACUGUCCAUUUACGUUGGCAUUAUGGGUGCUGACCUGCUUGCCCGUCGUCGUGGCAUUGAACCUAUUCCUGAGGCUGCCCGUGGUCGCCUAUGGAACUCUGCUGGGUUCUUCCUUCUGAUCUGGGCCGUACACUACCUCCCCUUCUUCCUUAUGAGUCGACAACUCUUCAUUCACCACUACCUCCCGUCACAUCUCGCGUCUGCACUCCUUGCCGGUUCCGUUCUUAGCUUUGUCCUUUCUGAUACGGUCAAUUACCCGAUCAGUAUCGUAGGACGGUGGACGAAAAUGCGCAAAUCAGAGUACGCUGAUCUUGGUAUGAAAGGGCCUGUGGUGGUGGGCGUAUUCACAUUCAUCAUGUUCUUGAUGUUCUUGUACAUGACGCCAUUGACAUAUGGUACGCCUGGGCUUGAUGGUGAGACGAUCAAUGCGAAGCGCUUGUUGUCAUCAUGGACACUGCACUUUGCAGCAAAGGAGAUUGCUGAAGUAUCGUGAGACACGACCAGGGAUAUGUGGUCGGCGCAACGGUAGCAUGGACGACGGAUUUUUGUACAUAGAUGAUAAUCUAUUUGGCUUUCUAUUACUUCGGUUUACAGUUUGGUACUUAUGUUGGUCCUUGUACAGUAUUAAUCAUGCGGGUCGGAGCUGCGGCGACGGAAGGAGAUAGGACACUAGCCGAUAGCUUUGGUUCUCCAACUGUUCACGGACGCCGUUCGUGCUGGCGAGUUGCCAAUGAAUACAUUUAGAUGAGCGCGAGUGUAUCGUAGUUAGCUUUCGGUUGAGAAUCUCAAUCAGUUGAAGAUUAU